AUGUACAGGAAAGCUUUCCCAAAGAAUGCAGCCUAUGGUGUAACUGUGGAUAAGUUACUGAAGACUUUCAGUACUACCUGGAGACUCCCAGACCCUGAGCUGGGUGAAGUCCCAACCCUGAAGAACCUCUCCAGGAUCAAGGUUGCUGAUUUUUCCCUGCUGCCUAGACAGGCUCCAAACCACCUCUUGACAAUGGGAAACUGGGUGAUUAACCACUGGUUCUCAGUUUUGUUUCUGGCUACUUGGUUGGGACUGAAUGUUUUCUUGUUUGUGCAUGCCUUUCUGUCCUAUGAGAGGGCUGACCAGUACUACUACACAAGAGAAAUCUUGGCGAUGAGUAUCACAUUGGCAUUGGCCUGGGUCUGAGCCUCUGCUCACUGCCUGAAUUUUAACAGUAUGCUGAUCCUGCUUCCUGUGUGUUGAAAUCUGUUGUCCUCCCUGAGAGGCACCUGCCCAUUUUUCAGGCACACCCUGAGGAAGCAACUGGAUCAAAGCCUCACCUUCCACAAGCUGGUGGCAUAUAUGUUACAAACAGCUAGCCACAUCAGUGCACACCUGUUCAACUUUGAACGAUACAGCAGAAGCCGGCAGACCACUGAUGGAUCCCUUGCAUCUAUUCUCUCCAGCCUAUCUUAUCAAGAGAAAGAAGGGGAUUCUUGGUUAAAUCCUGUCCAGUCCCUGAACAUGACAGUGGAAUAUGUGACAUUCACCAGCAUUGCUGGUCUCACUGGAGUGAUCAUCAUAAUAGCUCUGGUUCUUAUAGUGACUUCAGCUACAGAGUUUAUCUGGAGGAGUUAUUUUGAGGUCUUCUGGUAUACACACCAUAUUUAUAUUAUCUAUGUCAUUGGUUUAUGGAUUCAUGGCAUUGGUGGAAUUGUCCAGGGUCAGACGGAAGACAGCAUGAAUGAGAGUCACCCUUACAGGUGUGAGGUCUUUCAUGAACUGGAUGAUCAUAACUCCUGCUGCAAGCAUCCCCAGUUUGAAGGGCUCCCUGCUGAGUCUUGGAAGUGGAUCCUUACACCAGGCAUUCUUUGUAUCUUUGAAAGGAUCCUCUGAUUUUAUUGCUUCCAACAGAAGUUUGUGAUUACCAAGGUUGUCAUACACCUAUCCAAAGUUUUGGAAUUGCAGAUGAAGAAGCAUGGCUUCAGCAUGAAAGUGGGACAGUAUAUUUUUGUUAAUUGCUCCUCAAUCUCUUACCUGGAGUGGCAUCCCUUUACUCUGACCUCUGCUCCAGUGGAAAACUUCUUCUCCAUUCAUAUCUGAGCAGUGGGAGACUGGACAGAAAAUCUCGUAAGGGCUUUUGAACAACAGCAGUCACCAAUUCCCAGGAUUGAGGUGGAUGGCCCCUUUGGCCCUGUUAGUGAAGAUGUUUUCCAGGAUGAAGUGGCUGUGUUGAUCAGAGCAGGAAUUGGGGUCACCCCCUUUGCCUCCAUCUUAAAGUCCAUCUGAUACAAAUUUCAGCAUGGAGAUCGCAACCUCAAAACACAAAUGAUCUAUUUCUACUGGAUCUGAGAGACAGGUGCCUUUUCCUGGUUCAAUGACCUAAUGGCUUCUCUGGAAUGGGAGAAGGAAAAAUUAGGCAAAGUGGGUUUUCUAAACUACCAUCUCUUCCUCACUGGAUGGAACAGCAGCAUUGCCAGUCAUGCAGCAUUAAACUUUGGCAAGGCCGCUGACAUCCUGACAGGUUUGAAACAGAAAACCUCCUUUGGGAAGUGUAUGUGGGACAAGUUUUCUACAAUAGGUACCAUCCACCCCAAGUCUGAGGUAGGAGUCUUCUUCUGUGGGCUGCAGACUUUGGCAAGGAGCCUGUGAAAAUGCUCUCACCAGUACUCCAGUCUCGAUCAUAGGAAGGUGCAAUUCUACUUCAACAAAGAAAAUUUCUGAAUUAGAGGAAUAAGGAUGGUAAUCUGUAUUAGUCUCCCCCUAAUUUCAUCUUCAAAAACAUGCUUGGUCUGAUCAAGUGUGGGCAGCCACCUGAGGACAAUCCUGUGCCUUGGUUCCUUGGCAUUCUUUCUUGAGUGGAUUCCACAUCAUCAUCACCAAGCUUCAUAAACCUAAGAACUUCAGAAGUCACAAUAAUUGCAAAGCCCAUGGAUUCUGUCUUGGGAAAAUAGCUGUAAAUCCUUUCGGAAUGCCCAUGACCGCCGCAAAGCCUGAUAGUAGAGGUGGUGGACAGUUACACCAUUUAACCCAGGAUGAUUCCAAGUGUUACCAUCUCCUGGACUCUGGGUCAUAUUCUCCCCUCCCUCACACCCUCAAAGAUGAUUUCUAAGUAGGGUGAUUUUUUUAAAAUAAAAAUUUAUUGAAGAAUAAAUGACAAAACAUAAUAAUAAACUUAAAUAAUAAAACAACAUAAAAUUACCAAGACCCCAUCCCUAUAUAACACUAUAUACAUUCUUACUGUUACUUUAAACAUGGUCUUAUCCAGUGUGAACAGCAAUUUAUGCUUUACUUAUUUUUGUUUGCCAAAAAAUGAAGGAUUUUCUUCUUUGCUUAAUGCUUAAUGAAUUAAUCUUUUAUUACUGUAUCUAGGCUUUCUAUUUCGGAAAGAAAACCUUGAAAGUAUGCUAUUGUAAUUGAAAUUGUAUUACAACUGAAAGUCAACUAUAUUGGCAUCAGUUUGCAUUGUUGCAAGUAAUUGCAAAAACCUUGAACUCCAUCUUAGGAUGACUGAUUUAGUUAACAGAGGCUCCUUAUCACCAUAUUUUUAUUAAGGGGGUUAUUAAUUAAUGUCUGGUUGUAAAAAAGAUCACAAAAUUUUAACAUCUCUUGGGCUCCUAUCUAUUUAUUCACUAAGGAAUCAUUCACCUAAUGACAAACAAAAUGCUUUUUCUAUCAAAAUUCUUUUUAAUUC